AGACAUUUACUAGGAUAAUUCUGGGUAAUCCUUUAUCUUUCUAUUGUGUUGCUAGUGUUUUAAUUAGUUAAAUAGUACCUGAUAGUCGGAAGGGCGUCUCCACGGGUGUCUUGACACGCAGUGUCUCAAGGGAGUCGACGGCAGCUAUGGACGGCACAAGCUCAGCUUUUCUAAGGUGUACCCUGACGUCACCGGAAGUCGCAGAAAACUCGGAGAAAGUUUUGCAAUAGCGAUGCACAUGCAAAUCCAACGAGUCCUCUCCAGGAGCACUUCUGGUCGGCAACUGUGGAAUGUUCGUGCACGACGACAACAUGGCGAGAAAGGGACGGCGGCUGCAGCAGCGUGGCGCGGCUGCGUGGACGAUGCACGCCAGGCGGACUACCACCGAGCCUUCGCCUCCGCCCGGGACCAACCCGCUCAGUACUGGGCCGAAGUGGGCCAGGACAUUCGCUGGUUCGAACCGUGGAGCAAAACUUUGCAUGUGGAGGACCCCGUGUUCCCAAAGUGGUUUAUGGGCGGCAAGCUGAACAUGUGCUACAACGCCGUGGACCGCCAUGUCGAAGGAGGUCGCGGCGCUCAGGCGGCCAUUAUUUACGACAGUCCUGUGACGGGAACUAAACAGAUCAUCACUUACAGAGAACUACAAAAGCAGGUGUCGCGGCUAGCCGGCGUCCUGAUAAAAAACGGCGUGAGUAAAGGCGACCUGGUGGUCAUCUACAUGCCCAUGGUUCCGCAGGCCAUGUUUGCCAUGUUGGCAUGCGCCCGCAUCGGCGCCCCGCACAGCCUCAUCUUUGGCGGCUUCGCGUCCAAAGAGCUUUCCGUGCGCAUCAAUCAUGCCAAGCCUAAAAUGAUCAUCACUGCCUCGUUUGGCAUCGAGCCUGGCCGACGCGUGGCCUACGUCCCUCUGGUGGAGAAAGCGUUGGAGCUGAGCUCUUACAGGCCCUCCAAAGUGCUCAUCUACUGCAGAGACAACAUGGAGAGAGUAUCCAUGAGUGGGGACUUAGCUCUGGACUGGGACGUGGAAAUGGCCGUCGCUCGGCCUCACGACUGUGUUCCCGUCGCCUCUAACCACCCUCUCUACAUCCUCUACACAUCCGGCACCACCGGGACCCCAAAGGGGGUGGUGAGAGACACAGGAGGGUGCGCUGUGAUGCUCAAGUGGACCAUGUCCAAUAUUUAUGGACUGAGGCCUGGAGAGGUUUGGUGGGCGGCGUCAGACUUGGGCUGGGUGGUGGGCCACUCAUACAUCUGCUAUGCUCCUCUACUCCAUGGAAACACCACCAUCCUCUAUGAGGGUAAACCCGUAGGGACUCCGGGUCCCGGCGCCUUCUUCCGCGUCCUGUCCGAACACGGCGCGGCCGGCAUGUUCACCGCGCCCACCGCCAUUCGAGCCAUUCGCCAGCAGGACCCCCACGCCGAGAGCGCGUCUGCAUACUCCCUGCCUAAGCUGAGGUCCAUAUUCUUGGCGGGAGAGCGCUGUGACGUGGAGACCCUGGAGUGGGCGAAGAGGACUUUCAGGGCUCCAGUCCUGGAUCACUGGUGGCAGACGGAGACGGGCUCUCCCAUCACGUCCACGUGCCUCGGCCUGGGCAACUCGCUGACGCCCCCUGCAGGCCAGGCAGGCAAACCUGUGCCCGGAUACAAGGUGUCCGUCAUUGACGACAACAUGAGACAGGUGAAGCCGGGAACUCUGGGAAAUAUUGUAGUGGGAUUACCUUUGCCUCCCGGUGCUGCUUCCUCCUUGUGGCAGAACUCUGAGCUCUUCAGAGAGAUCUACUUCUCCAAAUUCCCGGGCUUCUACGACACCAUGGACGCCGGUUACAUGGACGACGAGGGCUUCCUCUACAUCAUGUCCAGGUCUGAUGAUGUCAUCAACGUGGCCGGCCACAGGCUGUCCGCCGGAGCCCUGGAGGAGUCGGUGUUGCAGCACCCGGCCGUGGCCGACUGCGCCGUGGUGGGCCUGGAAGACGCGCUCAAGGGACACGUCCCUCUGGCCUUGUGCGUGCUGAAAAACGGUGUGAGACAAGGCCGGGAAGAGAUCGCAAAGGAGAUGGUCCAGCUGGUGAGGGACACUGUGGGACCUGUGGCCGCCUUCAAGAACGUGCUUUUUGUCCAUGGGCUUCCCAAGACACGUUCCGGAAAGAUCCCGCGCUCGUCGCUGGCCAACCUGGUCAAUGGCAAGCCGUAUAAGAUCACGCCCACCAUCGAGGAUCCUGAUGUAUUCAAGGAUGUCGAGACCAUGGUGGAGAAAGUUCUGAACGCACCACCACCACAACGCUAAUCACUUGCUAACGUUAGCGCAGGGGUCACCAACAUUUUUGAGACCAAGAGCUACUUCUUGGGUACUGAUUAAUGCCAAGGGCUACCAGUUUGAUACACACUUAAAUAAAUUGCCAGAAAUAGCCAAUUCGCUCAAUUUACCUUUAACUCUAAGUUUUUAUUAAGAAUUAAUUAUAUUUAUCUUUGUGGAAGCACUGAUCAUCUUAAUGAUUUCUCACAAUAAAUAUAUAUAGAAACAGAUAAAUGUCCCCAAAAAAUGGGUAUUUCUGUCGUACAUUUUUUUCCUUCUACGGAAGGUUUUUUGUAGAGAAUAGAUGAUGAAAAAAACACUUAAUUGAUUGGUUUAAAAGAAGAGAAAUCACGAAAAAAAUGAAAAUAAAAUGUUUAAACAUAGUUUAUCUUCAAUUUCGACUCUUUAAAAUUCAAAAUUCAGCCGAAAAACAGAAGAGAAAAACUAGCUAAUUCGAAACUUUUUGAAAAAAUUAAAAAAAGAAUUUAUGGAACAUCAUUAAUAAUUUUUACUGCUUAAAAUUAAUUUCAGAAUUUUGAUGACAUGUUUCAAAUAGGUUAAAAUCCAAUCUGCACUUUGUUAGAAUAUAUAACAAGUUGCACCAAGCUAUAUUUCUAACAAAGACAAAUCAUUAUUUUUUUCUAGAUUUUCCAGAACAAAAAUUUAAAAAUAAAUUCAAAAGACUUUGAAAUAAGAUUCAAAUUUGAUUCUACAGAUUUUCUAGAUUUGCCAGAAUAUAUAUAUUUUUUAUUUAAACCAUAAUAAGUUUGAAGAAAUAUUUCCAAAAUAUUCUUUGUCGAAAAAACAGAAGCUAAAAUGAAGAAUUAAAUCAAAAUUUAUUUUUUAUUCUUUACAAUACAAGAAAUUAAAUUACUUGAACAUUGAUUUAAAUUGUCAGGAUAGAAAAGGAAGGAAUUUAAAAGGUAAAAAGAUACAGUGGGGCAAAAAAGUAUUUAGUCGGCCAGCGAUUGUGC